AUGGGUUCUACCGCCACCGACUAUAAGUUCGAGGGAUGGAACGCCUUGGAUGCUUCCGCCGCGGAGGGAAAGAUGGUCUGGCAGGAGUUUGAGCCCAAGCGAUGGGAGGAGAACGAUGUCGACAUCAAGAUCACUCAUGCCGGUAUCUGCGGUAGCGACAUUCACACACUGCGAAGCGGCUGGGGUGCCACUGCUUACCCCUGCGUUGUCGGUCACGAGAUUGUUGGAACUGCCGUAAGAGUUGGUUCCAAGGUUCAAGGCAUCAAGGUUGGCGACCGUGUCGGAGUUGGUGCUCAGAGCGAUUCUUGCUUGGGCCGCCAUGGCGACUGCGAGGACUGCGCCGCUGGCGACGAGAACUACUGCGACAAGUGGGUUCCUACCUACAAUGCCAAGCACUUCAACGGUGAUGCUGCACAAGGUGGUUACGCCACAUACCACCGUGCGCCUUCUCACUUCGUUAUCAAUAUUCCCGAGGGUGUCCCGUCGAACGAGGCCGCUCCCAUGAUGUGUGGUGGUGUCACAGUGUACGCUCCCCUCAAGAACUACAACGUCGGGCCUGGCAUGACUGUCGGCAUUGUUGGGGUUGGUGGUUUGGGCCAUUAUGGUGUCAAGUUCGCAAACGCCCUGGGUGCUAGGGUUAUUGGUAUCUCUCGAAAGGAGUCAAAGCGUGCUGAGGUUCUUGAGCUUGGCGCCGAUAACUACAUAGCUACAGAUGAUGAGAAGGACUGGGUCCAGAAGCACUUCCGCAGUUUGGAUCUCAUUAUCUCUACCGUUGCAUCAUCCAAGGUCCCUAUCAACGAUUACAUGCAGCUGCUGAAGAAGAAGGGAACCUUUGUUCAGGUCGGUAUUCCUGAAGAUGGUCCUUUCCCGAUCGCUGGACCUUCGGUGGUUUUCGGCCAAAAGAAGUUCACCGGGUCCCUGAUUGGAUCUCCGAAGAAUUUGAGAGAGAUGUUGGAGCUUGUCGCAAAGAACAACCUGAGGGGUAUGAUCCAGGAGCGCCCAAUGAAGGACGCAAACCAGGCUAUUGUGGACUUGGAGGCUGGCAGGGCGAGAUACAGAUACGUUCUUGUCAACGAGGAUGCCACAUAG